UCUUCCUUCAUCAACUUUGAAACGCAGUUCCCGUGCCUAGUAGACAUUGCUUCGCUUCGAGCUGCAAGCACGCUUACCAAAACAAUGCUUGUAAAGCUGUUUUUUCUGUUGUUAAUUUCAUGUUUCUCUGUUUAUCGCUGCCUAUGUGUACAUCACAUUCCAGAGGUGACGUUCCAGGACGUCGGCAACCUCUUAGCAUCGGGUGACCGUUCAACAAUCAUCAUAGAUGUUCGUGAACCAGCAGAACUAAAAAAUGAUGGGAGAAUUCCAGGCUUUCAGAACAUUCCGUUGCAACAGCUAAAGGGUGCAUUAUCUACGACUGCUCCGGAGUUUAGGGCUAAAUAUGGCUUUGACCAGCCCGCUAAAAAUAUUCCACUAGUCUUCUCUUGUCGUUCGGGGCGCCGAGCCACUGCUGCAGCAGAGGCGGCCAUUGAAGCAGGUUACACUAAUGUUCGGGUUUACAAGGGUAGCUUCCAAGACUGGGUUGCUAAUGGAGGAGAGGUCAUCAAAGGUUGAAUUUGUAACUCGUUUGUCCACAUGAAACAUUUAUCUACAUUUUAUCUAGCGUUAGGUGCAAUUGUGAAGGGGUUCAAGGUUCCACAAUUUAUAUUUUGUCACGAUUGAACAAAUAUGACAUGCAUUGACUGUGGCUGUUAAGCAGCUCCAGGUUUUUCAGUGGUUAUCUUUGAAGUGGUUGACCUGUUACUGCACAUACAGUGAGUGUCCACUUUCGGGCCUAUUUUUGAGUGCAGCACUUCCUACUGAUUGACUGCACUACCGAAUGGAAAUUUGCAUACUGAUACUCAAGUACUCAUCAGCACUACCAAGCAAGAAAAGGAAAUGUUAUGUCAGAGAUUUGUGCAUUCAGCGUCAUAAUUGAGACUGUUGAGAAUACAAAGUUUUAACCGAA